AUGGAGAUUAUUAAAGAAGAGAAUGAAGACGUGAAGAUUGAAGAAACAUUCAGAGUCAAACAUGAAGAUACUGAGACACAAACAAAGAUGGAGUUUAUUAAAGAGGAGAGUGAAGACAUGAAGAUUGAAGAAACAUUCAGAGUCGAACAUGAAGAAGAUACUGAGGAACAAACAGACCUGAUGGUGCUGAAAGAGGAGAGUCAAGAACUCAAUGAAAUGGAAGAUGAAGAUCAACAUAAGAAUCAAUGUGAUUUUAUAAUUGGAGAAAAAUCUUUUAGUUCACAGAUUGAAAGCACAAGAAGUAGUAGUUAUUUUACCUGCCAACAUUGUGGAAAGUUUUUUAAACACAAACAAGGUGUUGAAAGACACAUGAGAAUUCACACAGGAGAAAAGCCUUAUGUCUGCCAGCAGUGUGGAAAGCAUUUCAAUCGAGAAGUAAGUCUUAAAAGACACAUUAGAAUUCACAAUGGAGAGAAGCCAUACACAUGCCAACAUUGUGGAAAGGAUUUCUCUCAACUUGGAAACCUUGCAGUCCACAUCAGUGUCCACACUGGAGAGAAACCUUACAAAUGCAAAGAGUGUGGAAAAGGUUUCAACCGGAAAGGUAACCUUCAUUCCCACAUGGCAGUUCACACUGGAGAGAGUCUGUUCACCUGCCAACAGUGUGGAAUGAGUUUCACUCAGAAAGAAAGCUUCAACAGACACAUGAGAAUUCACACUGGAGAGAAGCCUUACAUCUGUUCUCAAUGUGGAAAGUGUUUUGAUCAACAUGAAAACCUUAAAGUCCAUAUGAAAAUACAUGGUGGAAAACCCUACAAUUGCUCUGAGUGUGGAAAGAGUUUCCGUCAAAAACGAUAUUUUGAAGGUCACAUGAGAAUUCACUCUGGAGAGCAACCCUUCACAUGCCCUCAGUGCGGAAAAGGUUUCAAUUAUAAAAAACAUUUGAAAGACCACAUAAGAAUUCACACUGGAGAGAAGCCUUUCACCUGCCAACAAUGUGGAAAAAGUUUCAACCGAAAGGAUACCCUUGACAGGCACAUAAGGGUUCACACUGGAGAGAAGCCAUUUAAAUGUGGUCACUGUGGAAAGAGUUUCAGACAUAAACCAGUCCUAAAGUCCCACAUGAGUUUUCACAUAUGAGAGAGCUGUUUUUAUGUAAUUAGUGUGGAAUUGUGGAAAGAAAGAAACGUUUUGGGUAUUGUGUAAUAACAUCAGACAGAAGUCAUGUGUCAUCACUGUGGAAAGACUUGCAGAAACAAGGCAUAUAGACAUUUACAUAUAAAUGUUAAAUGAGAAAAUGGAAAAAAGAUAAGAGCUGCAGCUUUAAUCUGAUGCUGCACCAAAUGAAUACCAGUUAAUGCAUGUUAGAAGUGAGGAUUGGCAAAGAACAUUGUGCUUGGUACAUUUUACAUAUUUAAACCAAACUUCCAACAUAAGCUGUUUAUCGAUAGGUGGAGAAAGGGUGGUCUUUUGUGGAUGUAUUUCAAUACAUUUUACAACAUGGAUGUUUACACUACAAGAGAAAUCAAAUGAAAUAACGUUUUGAUUACUAGAUUUUUUUUAAUGAGAUAUUUUUAGGGUUCACUUGUUUCUCUUACUCACAGGUAUAAUGUUACACUUAACAAAAUUAUAGCAACUUUAGUUUUUACCUCAAUUUUUCAUGAGCUGAACUCAAAGAUCUAAGACUGUUUCUAUUCAAAAGAGCUAUUUCCCUCAAGUAUUGUUCACAAUGAGAUAAGAUAAUCCAUUCACCUCACAGGUGUGGCAUAUCAAGAUGCUGAUUAGACAGCAUGAUUAUUGCACAGAUGUGCCUUAGGCUGGCCAUGAUAAAAGACCACUCUAAAAUGUGCAGUUUUAUCACACAGCACAAUGGCAGAGAUGUCGAAAAUUUUUGAGGGAGCGUGUAAUUGGCAUGCUGACUGCAGAAAUGUCUAAUAGAGCUGUUGCCCAUGAAUUGAAUGUUAAUUUCUCUACCAUAAGUCUUCUCCAAAGGCGUUUUAGAGAAUUUGAGAAGAGAAUUUGUCAGUAUAUCCAACUGGCCUCACAACCAUGUAACCACACCAGCCCAGGACCUCCACAUCCAGCAUCUUCACCUUCAAAAUAAUCUGAGAACAGCCACCCGGACAGCUGCUGCAGCAAUAGGUUUGCAUAACCAAAGAAUUUCGGCACAAACUGUCAGAAACCGUCUUUGAGUGGUGAUGCCCCAUGGUGGCGGUGGGGUUACGGUAUGUGCAGGUGUAUGUUAUGGACAAUGAACACUGAUUUAUUUUACGUAACGAGAUCCUGAGGCCCAUUGUGUCAUUGAUCCACGACCAUCCCCUUUUAUCAUUGCAGCAUGAUAAUGCACGGCCCCAUGUUGCAAGGAUCUGUAUACAAUUCCUGGAAGCUGAAAACAUCCCAGUUCUUGCAUGGCCAGCAUGUUCACCAGACAUGUCACCAAUUGAGCCUAAUACAGUGAUAACUGCAUAUUUUACAGUGGCAUUUUAUUGUGGCCUGCCUAAGGCACACCUGUGCAAUAAUCAUGCUGUCUAAUCAGCAUCUUGAUGUGCCACACCUGUGAGGUGGAUGGAUUUUCUCGGCAAAGGAGAAGUGCUCACUAACACAGAUUUACACAGAUUUGUGAGCAAUAUUUGAGAGAAAUAGACCUUUAUGUACAUAGAUAAAGACUUAGAUUUUUGAGUUCAGCUGGUGCAGAAAAUGGUAUACCACAGUUAUAAUUACCAAAGUGUAAUUAGUCCUUUAGUUUCAUGAUUAAUGAUAAGUUUGACAGUGUAGGCCCUGGUAUAGGAUGUGCAUCAUAUGUAGAUGAUUGUUCCAUAUAGAAUAGGGUUCAGAACUGUAAUUUAUUAUAUGCAGGCAACCACUGUAACAGAAAUGAGUCGAACCAGACAAAUUAAAGAGUCUAUCAGGGCUGUGUUUGAAACACGGAGCCGAAUUCCUCAGGAAGUCAUUCACACACUGUGCUUGUAAAUUAUUUUUCCAGUAAAUGCGAGUGAAGUGCCUCAGGACUCAGUUCUCGGACCGACUCUCUUCUCUGUCUACAUGGCAUCAUUGGGUUCUUUCAUUCAAAAACAUGGCUUUUCAUUCCACUGCUAUGCUGAUGACACUCAAUUCUACCUCUCAUUUCAGUAGUUGCUCGCAUCUUAGCAUGUCUAAUGCUGUGU